GGAAUGUUCUAUGCAGUCACGCCCCCUUAUUUUGUUUACGCACUGUCACGUAAUUCCUUUCUUUUCCGAAAACUUGUCCUGUUGUGACAAAUUUUGCAACGUGGUGCCGUUACUGGAUAAAUACCUUGUUUUUCUAACGUGCUGACAAAGUCUCACAUUUUAUCAGAGCGAUCCGCAUAUCUCUAGAAACGUCUGAAAAUUUUCCCCCAACACGCAGUCUCGGAAGGGUCGGGCCAGGCAAAGCACUAUCGCUACUUGUCAGUGUGAGCAGUGUGUAUCGCGAGUUAGUGCGUAUCAAAAGCGAUUUAUUCGGCUCGAGGGGCUCCAACGUUUUAAUUCCUAAUCAUUAUGAGGAUGCCGAUACAGGCGCCGCAGUGGACUGAAUUCCUCACUUGCCCCGUGUGCUGCAAUGAGUUUGACCCAGCAGCCAGGGGCCCCAUCAGCCUGGGGUGUGGGCACACCGUGUGCAGGUCUUGCCUGUUCACCUUGCACAGAAAACAGUGCCCCUUCGAUCAGUACAACAUAAGCUCUGAAUUGGAGAAUCUGCCCAUCAACCAUGCGAUUCUCCAGUUACUUGGCACACCCUUGCCAGACAACGAUGCCAAUGGAAACGUUAAACACUUGACGCCAGAAGACCUUGGCUGUUACAGAAGAGCGAAAAAAUGCAUCGAGGAUAUGGCUCUCUAUUUAAAGCCAUUUCCAGGAGGCACAACAAAUGCAUUGUCCAGACCCAUGCAAAAGAAGUUGGUUACUUUAAUCAACUGCCAAUUAUUCGAGGAGGAAGGCCGGUCGAGAGCAAUGCGAGCUGCCCGAUCGCUGGGAGAAAGAUCAGUUACUGAAUUGAUACUGCAUCACCAGAACCCGCAACAACUGUCAGCAAAUUUGUGGGCUGCUGUGAGAGCUAGAGGCUGUCAAUUUCUUGGACCAGCCAUGCAAGAAGAAGUCCUACGGUUAGUUUUGCUCGCACUGGAAGAUGGCUCUGCUCUUUCCAGAAAAGUUCUGGUCAUGUUUGUGGUUCAGCGGCUUGAACCUCACUUCCCGCAAGCAUCUAAAACAAGCAUAGGGCAUGUGGUGCAACUGCUCUAUCGCGCUUCGUGUUUCAAAGUUUCCAAGCGUGAGGGUGACUCGUCGCUGAUGCAAUUAAAAGAAGAGUUCCGCAAUUAUGACGCGUUACGUCGAGAGCACGAUGCCCAAAUCGUGCAAAUCGCCACUGAGGCAGGUCUGAGAAUAGCGCCUGACCAGUGGUCUUCGCUUUUGUAUGGUGAUGCUGCCCACAAGUCGCACAUGCAAAGCAUCAUGGACAAGCUGCAGACGCCUCAGUCGUUCAUCCAGUCAGUUCAGGAACUGAUGAUCGCGCUCCAACGAACCGGCGAUCCGGGAGGUCUGCUCGGAGGACUGAGGGUCAGUUUAGAGCUCUUGGCAGCUAUUGACCCAUGCUGCAAUCCAACUGAAACAUCUGGAGCCCCGACAUGGCCUGAAUUGGCAGCUGCGUUGGAAGCUGCACGCACAGUCGGGGCUGGAUUGGUUCGCUUCCUAGCGCAGCACGGGGGCGUCGCCCGAAAAUCAAGUGAUGGGGCUAUGAAUGUCGGUGCCAGGUACAAGGUCAGCAUGUGCCGAGACCUGGUGACCCGUGGUGUGUGCCCACGCACCAUAAAUUGCACUUUCGCUCAUUCUGAGGAAGAGCUUGAGAGGUAUCGGGCAAAGAAUCGAAAGUCUUCUCCUAGGGCUGCCGGACAUAAAAUGGAUGGGAUGAAGGAGAAGGGACUGGUUCAUGACAGGCUGUACCAUUCGCCAGAUAGCCACAUGUAUCCUGCACAUUCUGCCAGAGAAGGUAUAAUGCCUUUGGCUGGUGUCGGAUCAUCUCUUGGGAUCGCUGUUCCACGGCCUUCUGUCGAAUGCGGUCCUUACAGUUCCACGUAUCCCCCAGGACCCCAGCAGCAGUUUCAACCCAACGGCCAGGCAUACCCGCAGAAUGCCAAGUACCCCUAUGACUUUAGCAGCACAAGCAGCAUGCUCAGCUCGACCGGCCAAAUGUACACUCCAGGAGGACAGUCUGACUUCUUGCAAAGAAGCCCUGUGUCUGCAGACGUUGCUCCCUUGGAUAUUCCUAGCAAGCAUUAUCCUCCCAGAUCAGAUUCGCGAAUCAAGUUGGCUUCUUUGAAACAAAGGCGUCACGAAAUUCUUUCUCAAAUUGAGAAAAUGAUCGGUUGUGAUAGUACCGACACACCCAGUCCCUCUAUGAUGCCAUUCUCGGCACAGACUAAUUCCGAAUUGACUGCUUUUUCGAUUUGGGCCAAUAACAAGACUGGACAGGACUGUAGAGACAGCGUGAACCACUACGGCCCAAUCUCUCCGAGCAUCCAUCGCCCACUGCAAGGCACGGCGUCGCUCGGAGACAUGAAACGUGCCAGCCAGUGGUACUUUCAGCAGCCGGAAGGUACGGGACAUCUCUUAAUGGAACUUGAUCUGCUCAACAAGAAUUGCUUGCUCACAGAGGGACUAGUUGGGGGCAUUCAGCGUCAUUCCAUUUCUCCUGCUGAGAGUCAAAUGAUGCACAGCUACAUUGACCCACUUUCCAUCAUGCUUCAAACUCAGAGUCCUGAACAACUCACCCCAGUGAAAUCUGGGUUUAUUGAUGAUCCUAGGAAAAUGCAUGAGCAAAUCCGCUCACUAGAGAAGAAAAUAAAUGAUCUGAAGUUUGCGUAUGGUAAUGAAGAGGGAGAACGUCUUGCUCAAGAACUCCGCCAAAUUGAACACAACAUUCUACAACAGGAGAGAGAACUGAAAAUGAAGGAAGAGGAAGAAAGCUAUGAGCGUCACUUGGUCGACGACAUGAGAGAAUUCGCCCUACGGUGGGAAUCAGAGCUUGAGCAGGAGGAAAAACGGUGGAGCAGCGAGGAGGAGCACUCCGCCGGAAGACCUUGAUGGUAGUGUUUGGAUAGAUGUUUCACUUUAUCCAUUUUUCACUUUUCAACUUUAAGAAGAAAUGUGUCAACUUACACAACUUUGCUUGUUUCAACACAAUCAUUCAACAUUAGCAAGGUCAAUUAUUACUAUUGUUAUUUUCUUAAGAUUGCGGUAAUGGCUGCAGCUGCUGUGCUUUUAAUUUAUAACCUCUGUCUCAAAUCAGUCAUAAAAGUAGGUGUGUAUGUUUGCGCAAGAACACCUCUAAAAAUUAUAUGUUGAUAUUGAUACUUAAGAUCCAAGUAGAUUGACAUCAUUUGGGUAUGGUAAGUCCUUAUUCGCCUAGGUAGUAGCAUGUUUAUAAUUAAUGUUGGUUAUUGUUGUAAAUAUCAAGAAUUACCCCCCCCCCCCCUCGAAAGAUUAAGUGUUGGACCAUUCGUUAUUUCACUCCUAGAAGCGUGACAGGCUUCCUCGCUAAUUUUAGUUAACUUUUAUUUGGUGAUCACAUUGUGCUGUGUAUUCAAAAAUAUGUGUAUUUGAACACUGGUUACAGAGUCAUCUCUUAUUAUUGUAGCUUCAUGUUGAAAAAUGUACUGCUGUUUCUUUAUGAAAAAAAUUGAUAUCCUUGUUUUCUCCAGACGGGUGCAAAUCUUUGGAAAUGGAACAGCUAUCAGCCAUCUAUUUUUUGAAAGUUAUUUUUAUACUAUCGACAAAAUGAUCAAGAAGCUUUUUGCACAAUUUUGUAAAUUUGCAAAAAAGGAAUGUUCAUUGUCAGUUUGGUUGCAAAAUGAGAUUUUGCAAUCACCGACACCCUCACAUACUAACUGAGUAGCUUGUCUUGCUGCGAAUAUUUUAUUAUCGUUGAUGUCCAACGCUGAGGCAGAUAAAUUCACACACACUCACACGCACGAAAAAUCUAAAUCAUGGUAAUCAAAAAAGUGAAUCAUGGGAAACAGACUUGUCAAAAUUUACGUCAAUGCAAUAACACGAUUAGUGGCUUCGAACCCGUUAGCCUUAUCUUUGUUGAUUUGAGACUUGUAUGUACAUAGAUGGCUGAGGCUUUUUGACGAUUAGCCGAAACUUAGCAACAUUACUAAAUAAUAGCAAGUAAUAUUUUACUACUUAGGAGAGUAAUGUGGUUUCAUUUUGAGACUGUAUUCUACACUAAAUGAAGAAUAUACACUGGUAGACUGAAGCCUAUUCAAAUUGAAUGUAUGGUUAAAUGGGACAAUUUGUACAUGCUGUAAAAACACAAUGUGUGACACACUCAGUUAUUUAAUUUAAAUUAUUUCUAUUCUUUGUAAAACUAUUGUCAAACAGCGUAUGUAUACAUAACAGGAAAACUACUGGAAGACUCACUUAUUCUUCUUUAAUUUUUUUACUGUAACUUUAAACGAGCAUGUUGCGCAUGUUUAUCAAGAAGAGAAUUGUAUCGAUUAUAUUAAUCUAUAUUUAAAUGUGUAUUAUUACUACGGUGGAAUCGUGCAGAAUUAUCAUGUAAUUUAAUAAAUCUGUUUUUAUUUAUCAAAGAAAA